GCCAGGCGGCGGGGACGGCCCUCGCGAGUCAGCCAUCUUUCAAUUGUGCUCUCAGCCGCCGCCGCCAGCAGCAGUAGCUGUAGCUCCUCCUCGCUUCCUCCCUCCCUGCACGGCAGCCGCUCUCAGCCCAAGCGGACGGGGGUGUAAGGAAGAGAAGUUUUCAGGAACAUGGCUCGUACCAAGCAAACUGCCCGUAAAUCCACUGGUGGUAAGGCACCUAGGAAGCAGCUCGCUACGAAAGCAGCUCGCAAGAGUGCGCCCUCUACUGGAGGGGUCAAGAAACCUCAUCGCUACAGGCCGGGUACUGUGGCUCUCCGUGAAAUCAGACGUUAUCAGAAGUCUACUGAACUUCUGAUCCGCAAACUUCCCUUCCAGCGUCUGGUGCGUGAAAUUGCUCAGGACUUCAAAACAGAUCUGCGCUUCCAGAGCGCUGCUAUUGGUGCUUUGCAGGAGGCAAGUGAAGCCUACCUGGUUGGCCUGUUUGAAGAUACCAACCUCUGUGCUAUCCAUGCCAAACGUGUCACAAUCAUGCCAAAAGAUAUCCAGCUAGCACGCCGCAUACGUGGAGAGCGUGCUUAAACUCCACUAUGGUGGGUUUGUCCUUCUCAAUACAAAUCUCUUCUUCCUGUUAUUGGUAGUAAUGAACGUUAGAUAUUUUUUUUCCAUGGGGUUAAAAGGUACCUAAGUAUAUGGUUGCAAAUGGAAACAUAGGGGACAGAAUCGGGUAUUGGCAAGUUUUUUUUCCAUUUUCAUUUGUGUGUGGAUUUUUAAUAUAAAUGCGGGGACAUAGAGCAUUAAUGCAGUCAAAAAUGUUUCAGUGAACAAGUUUCAACAAUUCAACUUUAUAGCAAUUAUAAAUAAACCUGUCAAAUUUUUCUGGACAAUGCCAGCAUUUGGAUUUUUUUAAAACAAGUAAAUUUCUUAUCGAUGGCAAUUAAAUGGUGUUUGUAGCAUUUUUAUCAUACAGUAGAUUCCAUCCAUUCGCUAUACUUUUCUAACUGAGUUGUCCUACAUGCAAGUACAUGUUUUUAAUGUUGUCUGUCUUCUGUGCUGUUCCUGUAAGUUUGCUAUUAAAAUACAUUAAACGACA